AUGACAUAUAGUGAUGAUGAUGCACACUGGUUGUCAUGGGACGAUGAUACCCAGGAGCCUGUUCCACCAGGUGAUGUGCGUGCCCUCCAGUGGCAAGGUGACCAUGUGCUCCACCAGCAGGUGGAAAUCGUGUUGGACUCAGGCGCUGACCACUCUUGCCUGCCUGAGUCCUAUGCCAAUGUGGGUCGCAAGGUUGCAUCUUCCAACCACUGGUACCGGGAUGCUCAGGGAAACCCUUUGAAAUCGCAUGGCGUCCGUGAGGCCGUCCUUGAGCUCAGCGGUGCAUCUGUGAAGGAUCGCUGGCUCAUUGCACCCGUGACGAGUCCCCUGUUGUCACUCAGCAAACUCUACCGUGUCGGGUGGAGUGUUGGCAGAGAUCAAGACGACAAUCUGGUGCUUGAACGCGAUGGCAUCAAGAUUCCUGUGUACCUGAAGCAAAAUUCCUUGUGUGUGCGUGGUGACAUCCGUGUUGUGAUGAGUGACCCCACCUGUGAUGUGCGCGCUUUGCAGCUUCAUGGUCCGUUCCUUGCACUCACCGAGAGGUUCCAGGUGUUGUCUGAAGGUGUGCAUGCCAACCGAUGCAACUCUUCGUGCUUUAUCGACUGUGCUACUGCUCUUGCAACGCAUGAUGUCAGGUUUCGUACGACGCUCAUAAAUGGGCCACAAGGUUGGAAGUUGCACGAGCUGAAUGCAGAAGUGGCACGUCUUGAUGAUCCUGAGAGUGCUUUGCCUCACCAAGGGAUUGAAAGGUUGCAUGAGAUCAUCACCAUUGCCACUUCCGCCCGUGUGAACAUGCUUGACCUGUUCCCUGAAGGGGACAUCCCUGCCCCGGCACAGCCAGUGCCAGUGCGUGCUGAAUCGGAUGAUGACGACCCAAUGCUUCCUCUUGAAGGCCUCAACGAAGAUCGUGAUGUGAUUGAAGAUCAGGGUGCAGGCAUUGGACAUGACGAAAAUCAAGAGAGUGACGAGCAAAGAGCUGCAAAUCCGAAUGCUGAGUAUGUUGUGGUUGACGGCGUACGUCUGAGCAUGGACUGCACUUUGGCCACCCUUAGGGCAGCAUGUGUUACGCUUGGAUUGGGCAAGAGCGGGGGAAAAGCAACGGUCCUCAAACGCAUUCAGGACCACCUUCGCCGGCAUGAGCUUUUGGAAAGGCAUCAUGCAGAAGCCGACGACGGCGCAGCUGUGCCACGUGAGCAAGCGCCGGUUCGCAUGCCCACCGAUGAGCAGAGGCGUGCUCAUUCCUUGACACAUGUUCCUUAUGAAGCCUGGUGUCCGUUUUGUGUCCAGUUCCGUGCUCGCAGCGAUCGACAUGAAAGGUCAGGUGGCAGUGAACGUACAUGUUCCACGUUGUCCUUUGACUUUGCUUACACUGGUCGUCCGAAGGACCCCGCAAAGAAGCUUGUGUGCCUUGUUGUUGCUGACAGCCACACUGGAUCUCGCAAUGCGUGGGCCUUGCCCCGGAAAGGAGGCACUGAAUCGAUGCGCUAUGCUACAGCCGAGCUCUGUCGCUAUCUCAAUGUCUUGGGGCACAAUGAAGUCACCUUGAAGAGUGACAAUGAGCCGACAUGUUUGGCGUUGAAGGCGGCAGUGAAGGCGUAUCGCACCAAGCUUGGGUUGAAAACACACAUAGAAGCCCCUGAGCCUGGAGACCACCAAAGCAAUCCUGCUGAACAGGCCAUCGAGUUCUUGCGCCAGUUGACAUGCACCAUCCUUGCUGAGUAUGAAAAGGAGACAAAGACCGCAGUUGGAUCUCUUGAUCCCAUCCAUGGAUGGGCCUGGCGGCACGCCGGAUGGAUGGCACACAGGUUCGUGAAGAGCCAUGGGAUAACCAGCUUUGAGUUGGUCACAGGUCGUCCGUACAACGGGAAGAUCAUAUCCUUUGGUGAGACCUGCUUUGGUCGCAUCCGCAGCAAAGUCAAGGGUCAUCCUAGAUGGGUUAGAAUGCUGUGGCUGGGCAAGCUGACUGUGUCCGACGCACAUGUCGGCGUGACGCCUGGAGGCUUCUUGGUCUCGUGCCGGUCAGUGAGAGGCAUCCCCGAGCGUUUCAGUGAUGAGCUUUGCACUGUGUUGCGAGAUAUGCCAUACUCGCAAGCAGCUUUCCUCGCCGGCCAUGUUGGACAAGCACGUGCACAGCGUACACCUGCGGGUGAUGACGGGCCAGCUGUCAACGCAGAGGUGGUGCCGCCCGAGGCACCUCCACCAGAGCAGCGGCUCCUGCCUGACGACGCAAUGCUUUCCGAACUUGUUCCUCAAUUGCCUCGUCCAAGCAUUGCAGCGGGAACGCCAGAGCCCCCAACGCCUCACCAGGCGGGGAUUGCCUCAGCUGAUGCAGUCAAUGAAGAUGUCGCAAUGCCAGAGCCAAGCCCUGCGGGUGUAGGGGCCAGCCCUAGUGGUUCUAGUUCCAGUGGGUCUAGUGGUUCUAAUCAGGCUGGCCGUAGUCCUCCCGAGACCCCUGCCGAUCAUGUUGCGCCCGGAAGCAGUGAGCCUGCGCCUGUGCGAAAGAAGCUUCGUCUGAUGGCAGUCACGAAAAUUGGAGACCAGGAGUUUUAUCAUGUGGAUGGCGAGUCACCUGAUGAAGAGAUCGAGGCGGAUCUUGGUGACGGUGAUCUUGAGAUUGCUGAUGAUGGACAAGAGCAAACCCUUGACAUGCCCCAAUCCUUGAUAUUUCCUUUGGACCACGGUGAACCGGAACUUUCCGACGAAGAGUUGGCACGCAUCGAUCAGAUCGCCAUGAAGUACGAGCUGCAGCGGCUCGGGCGCAUGAAAGUCUUGGCCCAAGUCGAUGGUCCGAUCCCGGGACACAGGACCCUGACCACGAAAUUCGUGGUGACAUGGCGUUUGAAAUCGUUCGGGUGGAUUCGACGCGGGGAGUUUGAGCCGAACCCAGGUGCCACUGGGGGAGGCCUCAUGCAUGUUGAUGAUCUUCUUGCAACGGCCCACGGUGAUACGCUUGAACAUGUCGUUGCAAAGCUAAGUGAGCGCUACACCAUCGCUGUACAGUGGAUCAAAGACAUUGGGGACGAAUUGACGUUCCUAAAACGAGUGCAUCGCUUGAUUUCGGACACUGAAUUGGAGAUUCAGACGGCUUGCAACGUGAGUGAUGUGGGUACCAAGUCCUUGAACCCAGGUCGCACCGAAUACCUUUUGGGGCUGAUGGGCAUCAAAGAUGCAGACAACGGCUAUGCCCCUCUUGGACAAGCGCAUGCAGCCAUGAUCGAGAAUGCACGUGCAAUCAGAGCAGUGUGUCGUGACUUGAAGCAUUUUGCCAAACGUGGUGAAGCAAGUGCUCAGAUGCUGUCGAUCAUGCUUCUUGCACUUCAGAUGACGCCAUCGUCUGGUCAGCCUGAUCAGGAUGACGACAGUGAUGAGAACACAGGAUUGUUCCAUCAGUGCCUGAUGUUUUUCUUCACAGUUCUUGAGUGCUUCGGGGAAUUUUUGAGCCAGUAUCCGUCCGUCGCAAGCGCUGGGUUGCAAGUGAUGUUGCUCAUCGUUUGCAUGUUUGCCGCAUCUUGCUGUUGCCGACAUCGUGAGCCAGAAGCAUUGUCGGUGCAAUUGCAGGUUGGAAACUACGCAAACUACGUAGAAGCCGAUGUAAGGUUGAGCAAAGGUCCACGCACGGGUGCUGCCGGUCGGUUCCACAAAGUGCUGAAAGCACCAGAGGAAAGUGCUCCAGGAACGCCUGCCCGGCCUUUGCCUCUUGGUUCUGAUGAUAGUGAUGUGCCUGAAGAGCACAGAAAGGCAGCAGCCAGAGGUGCCAGGUCAAAGGCAAAGUCGAGUCCGCGGAACCGUGAUGAGCAAGCUCGAGGAAGUGACGAGCAUGCAGCGUCCGAGAGUUCCGAAGUCAUCGAGGAGGUGCCGCAAGCCCGUAGGCGCCCCAAGGCAGCUGCUAGACCGGCCCGAGUGCCCGACGUCUGGGUAUCCACGAGACAAGGCUAUGCGUUCCAUCGCAUUGCAUGCACCAAGCUGAAGCAUUCAGAUGGAGUGACGGAAAUCAGCCGCAGAGAAGCAGUGGAGAAGGGUUACACACCGUGCCGAGUGUGCAGACCCUGA